UGUAACCAGGUUCUGAGAAACGGAGAAUGCACAGCGUUGUGAGACCAGUAGUUCCAAACGGCACCGGAGAAGCUCUGUGUGUCUGCCGUAAUGACGCACGCACCGCACUGCGAGAGCUGCUUCCCUCCCGUUUUCGCUUCCGCUCUCUGUUCCCGAAACUGGCACUGUAUCACUGGCUCACCAGCCCCAGCUCCUGGUUACACUCGCUCAUGCAGUUCAGUGCUCCUGGCUAGCCUGGGGCUUUUGGCGCUGCCGUGAACCUGCGGUAUUGGUCCCUUUUUAAUUUCCUCAUGAGCUCUAGCAUUCCUAAACUCUCUGGUGUGGAACUGACCACUGAAGGCUGCAUAUCACAACAUGCACACAUACACACACAAACACGCGCAUUGCACAUUCUCAAUGCUGUGAGUGUUCUGCUCACCAUUUAGUCAUUAUAGCUCCCUUGAUUGAAACCUUUCUUUCUAUGCAUAAACCCAGUGCUUGUUCUUUCUCCGUUGCGGUCUGUCAUUUUUCUGCAGUGGCUACAAGAUCUGACUGGUCAAAGGGCCACUGUUUUGAAGCAGAUGGCACACAUUUUGUCCUCUGCUGUGCUGUGCAGUUGUGCAGCCCGUUCUUUGAAUCAUUUUCCUGAACUGUGUUCAGGAAGUACAGUGUGAAAAUAGCAUCGCUCCGCGUGUUCGGAGAGGGUGCACUGAAAUAUGUUUUCCUAGCCACUGCUGAGCCAAUCUGUGCUAAAGCCCCUGAAAGUGAAUUGCAGGGAAAUCAAAUGCCCAUCUUGUCUUGUCAGGUUUCAGCAUAUGAGCAGCUCGUUGCUAAGCCCUUUAUUAGUAGCUCUACCCUGUUUUGUACAUUUUCUGCUUGAAAAUGCCGCAAGAUAGAUUGACCUUCCUAGUUAUUACCAUCAUUGCAGGCGAAUUGCGUAAACGGGAAGGUGGUAGCGGUCCUGCAUUGUGCAUGAGUCCCUCAUUGAUGGGGCUUUUGCUGCUUUACGUUUUAAUGCGGCAAUAAUGACUUAUUGAUCACUUGUCAAUAUGUCCUGUGAGAAGAAGCAGGGUGAGUAGAAUGGCCAUGUAAAUGCAGUCACAUGACAGCACCGCGGUCUCAACCACCUGCAGAGUAUAGCUGCUCAUAGUCCUGGCGGACAGACCCAGAGCUUUCAACAGUUGGUAGCACGUUGAGCAUGACUCAUGAAUCGGUUUGAGGGCUGUGCAGCAUGUGUUUGACUAAUGGGGAGAGUGUAUGGGACCCUGCUAAGUGUAAUGUCAGGGUAGCUCAGCAUGAAAUGGUCAUUUAAAGCCAGCAAAACCACAUGCUGCCUGUUUCAUUCAGUUUUUUUAAGUGUCUUUGAAAGACCUUGUAUGGGUGGGUUUCUUGUGCAGUUCGACGAGUUAAACCUCUUUUGUUCAUAAGUGCUUCAUGCAGAACCAGAAAAUACCCUGCACACAGUUUAUUUUGCUGACUGGUGUUUUGGGUGUUGGGCAUUUUGAUGGUAUUUGGUGGCAGUUGACACAUGAAGACACACCAUUAUGAUCAGGAGGCUGCUACGGAAGCUCUGUUCUUGUGGGUUUGGGAACAGAACAUGAAACCUGAUAAGGUUCCUGGCACCUUUUGUUUGUUCUCCAAAAUGCUUUUGUCUUGUAGGAAGAAAACAAAGGGGGCUUUCCUCAACCCCCCCCCACCCCCAUCAGGCUGUUUUGUGUGCGGUCUCGGCCCCCUGAUACCCUUCCCCUGGCUCAUGGGCCGGUUCUGUCCACAUGCAGACACACCAUUAAGAUCAGGCGGCUGCUACAGAAGCUCUGUUCUUGUGGGUUUGGGAACAAAUUUUCAUAAGCAGCUGUUGACCUUCCCCCGGCCCUGCAGGCAUCUCACGUGACACACCGAUAUGGCAGGUGGGCGGCUCCAUAGGGAGAUCUGUCCUCUUGUUCGGUGCACGCUCCAGGAUGUGGUCAUGGUGCUCUCCGCACUGAAUUUGAACUUGACCGGAAUUUUGCUAAUGCUAAGUACGGCAGCAGUGCUCUGCUGGUUCACUUUUCUUAUAGUGAAUAGUUCCAAACACAAUUAUAUCUGUCUCACCAUGCAGAAAGUAAGCCAUGUGGAAACUCAGAUCGCUGCGGAGCGAGGGGCUCGUGACCCUGAUGCAAGACACUGCAUGGUCUCUCUCCCUGUUGCUUUUCCUUAUACGGGUUUUCCCCUGUUGUUUCCUGCUGUGUCUCCCUUGUAAUACAGUAAAGAUGUUUGGUUGUCCUCACGGUAUCUGUUUCCUUAUGUUGUAAACUGAGAGCACUGCAGCCUUGACAGCAUUUCCGUUUGCUACGGCCCUUGAGACUGGAGGGCAUCCAGGGACACUUGCCCGCCAUCAAAUAUCUAGUACUUUCUGGAAAUGUUUGUCUUCCUGUCGACAACCUAUAAGGAAAGGGAGGGGUUUACUUGUGAAUAUCCUGGACCUAGCUGAGCCGGUAAAGUCGGUCAUCUUAGCUGCCUUGUGGCCUGAAACGCCCUUUUCAAACCUUACAUUGUCCUCAGCUAGUGGAAGUGAACCACUGAACUGCCCUAAAGCUGUUUUCGGGGUGGAUUGUUGAUCUUCAUAUGAACAUCACCCACACUUGUAUUAUUUCAAAGGUGUGCAUACACUAGGCUGCUUUGAUCUUGGUUUCUCUGCAGCCAUGUUUAUGUUUAUUUACUUAUCACUUGUCUCUGCUUGUGCGAUACACUGUAGCUGAGGGAUUUUCAGCCUUUCUUAGAGCAGGGAGCCUCAGUUAAACACAGACAGACCUCAGUUAGAGAACUCCUACAACUAACACAUUGUCACAUUUCGACAUAUCAUCAAAUUAUGAGACAUUUCUGCCAAGUCCUUGCAGCUGCUCUGUAGACCCCAGGUUGGAAAAUCCCUGCUCAAGCUCCUUAGUAAUAUGAGGAGAAUCUUUCAUUUGCUUUUCUCCCCUCCUUUAUAUCCUCUGUCUCUGUGCCCUUCAUUCCGACCUUUAACUAAGUCCCUCCCACGUGCCCCCAUUGUUUAUUUCCCACAAACAAGCUUGCAUUCACGGUCAGAAGGAUGUUUUGUGCUGACUGGAGCCGCAGUCGAAGUCUGGCACCAGAACGCCAUGCUCAGCCCUCGCGCCCAGCCAGUUGAAUUGCUGCAUUAGACCAUCGGGGGCCUCACUGUGUUUUCAGCCUGGGGGAGUGGCCUGGUGCAGCAUUUUGCCCUUCCUCCUCUCGGCAUGUUGCUUCUGGGUCAGCGCAGCACCGAACCCCAUUCUUGGUGAAGCUCCGCUAUCCUUAUCCUUCUCGUUUCUCCAUCUCUCACCUAAGACCCUGCUCAGGUCGCACACCCUUCCAAACAGUGACCUUGCGCUGCUUGUUUCUUGGUGGCCUGGGGAGUACCAUGGGCUUUAAUAGGCCACGCAGACCUGUGUCCUCUGCUGCUGAUGGUUUAAUGUCAGAAAGUGUAAUCCCCUUGAAUUCUGUGGGCCCAGAAAAAAAUAUUCUCCUGGCAAGAUCACAUUUAAGGUCCCCUGGGUUUCUUUUCUCAGCUGCAGAACAGGUGAGAACCCACUGCUGUGCUCGUGGCAGACAAUGUGGUGUGACCCAUUGGCACUAAAGCGUUCCGUGGACACCCAGGCAGCCUAUGAGCGCCGAUUUCCCACCUGUCCGCUCAUCCCCAUGUUCGUGGGCAGUGACGUUAUCAGCGAGCACAAGAGCGAGGACGGCGCCACGCACAACAUCGAGCGCCGCUGCAAGCUGGAUGUGGACGCCCCCCGGCUACUGAAGAGGAUGACCGGCGUGGAUUAUGUCUACUUCAUUCAGAAGAAUUCCCUGAACCGCCGAGAGAGGACGCUGCACAUCGAGUCGCACAAUGAGACCUUCUCCAAUCGGGUCGUCAUCUACGAACUCUGCUGCUACUCGGUUCACCCGGAGAAUGAGGAGUGGACGUGUUUUGAGCAGUCUGCCAGCCUGGACAUCAAGUCCUUCUUUGGGUUUGAGAGCACUGUGGAGAAAAUCGCGAUGAAGCAGUAUGCCAGCAGCAUCAAAAAGGGAAAAGAGAUCAUCGAGUUCUACAUGAAGGAGCUGGAGGAAGAGGGAGUGACCCACAUUCCACGCUGGGCCCCCGCCCCUGCCUUCCCAGUGGCCUCCAGCACUCCGGCCCGCCUCGAGCUGCCGGUCACGCCAUCCAUUGCCAUCCCGGUCUCCAGCACUCGGGACGCUAACCCCAGCGGCGAGGGCACUGGUAGCAGCCCACUGGGCAGCCCUGCUGAGCCCCUGGCCGGGACCCCCGACGAUAAGCUGGAUGCCGACUACAUCAAGCGAUACCUGGGAGACCUGACGCCCCUGCAGGAGAGCUGCCUGAUUCGCCUCCGCCAGUGGCUACAGGAGACCCACAAGGGCAAGAUUCCCAAGGACCAGCACAUCCUGCGCUUCCUGCGGGCCCGCGACUUCAACAUGGACAAAGCUCGCGAGAUCCUGUGCCAGUCCCUCACCUGGAGGAAGCUGCACCAGGUGGACUACCUGCUAGAGACCUGGAACUCCCCGCAGGUGCUGCAGGACCACUACACAGGCGGCUGGCACCACCACGACAAGGAUGGCCGUCCCCUAUAUAUCCUUCGCCUCGGUCAGAUGGACACCAAGGGCUUGGUCCGUGCCCUUGGGGAGGAGUCUCUUCUGAGACACGUGCUCUCCAUCAACGAGGAGGGCCUGAGACGCUGCGAGGAGAACACCAAGGUCUUCGGCAGGCCUAUAAGUUGCUGGACAUGUCUGGUGGACCUCGAGGGCCUCAAUAUGAGGCAUCUGUGGCGACCGGGCGUCAAGGCCCUGCUGCGCAUCAUCGAGGUGGUGGAGGCCAACUACCCUGAGACGCUGGGCCGCCUGCUCAUCCUGAGGGCGCCGCGAGUCUUCCCCGUACUCUGGACCCUGGUCAGUCCCUUUAUUGAUGAGAACACUAGAAAGAAAUUCCUCAUCUAUGCCGGCAACGAUUACCAAGGACCAGGAGGCCUUGUAGACUACAUAGACAAGGAGGUGAUCCCAGACUUUCUGGGAGGAGAGUGCAUGUGCGAGAUCCCAGAGGGUGGCCUCGUCCCCAAGUCCAUGUACAGGACAGCAGAGGAACUGGAGAAUGAUGACAUCCGCCUGUGGACGGACACCAUCUACCAAAGUGCAAGUGUCUUCAAGGGGUCCCCACAUGAGCUACUGAUCGAGAUCAUCGACGCAGCCUCUGUCAUCACAUGGGACUUUGAUGUCUGCAAAGGCGAUGUGGUCUUCAACAUCUUCCACUCCAAGAGGGCCCCACAGCCCCCUAAGAAGGACACCCUCAGCGCUCACGUCAUCACGUCCCCAGGGGGAAAUAAUGUUCAGCUCAUCGACAAGUCAUGGACCCUGGGCCAGGACUACAGCAUGGUGGAGUCACCACUCACCUGCAAGGAGGGCGAGAGCGUGCAGGGCUCCCACAUCACGCGCUGGCCGGGCUUCUACAUCCUGCAGUGGAAGUUCCACAGCAUGCCGGCCUGCUCAGCCACCAACCUGCCGCGGGUGGACGACGUUCUGGCCACCCUGCAGGUCUCCAGCCACAAGUGCAAGGUCAUGUACUACACAGAAGUGCUGGGCUCCGAGGACUUCAGAAAUGCUUGCUGCGAUGUGCAGAGUUUGGGCUCGAUGACUAGCCUGGAAUCCAGUCACAGCGGUUUCUCCCAGCUCAGUGCUGCCACCACUGCAUCCAGCCAGUCGCAGUCCAGCUCCAUGAUCUCGAGGUAGUGCCACGGAAGAGCCGGGAGCCGGGGGAGGCUCCUGGAUCAGACACCGGAAGCCCCGCAUGUUUCCCCCUGCUCCGCAUGGCUGAUCCACCUAACUCUGUCCAGCCAAAGCAUGCUCGCACAACGGAGAAGUCAUACACCCUUGAGGCAAAAAAAAAGACUAAUUUAUGAUACAAAGGGCUCCAUUUUUGCAAUAGGUGAUUUGUUUUCCCAGCAGCCAGUUGGGGAGCAGAUCUGCACAUCAGUUGAAUGCUCAUGAUCGUGAGUUUAACUGGGCAUUCGUCCUGCUGGACCGUGCAGUGUCACAUCUCUGGAGAGCUGGACGAGGAAGAUGGACAUGUGUUCAGCCAGAUCACAGAGCUCUGUGCGCACACACACACACACGCACGCACGCACGCGCACACACAUAUACGUACAUAAACACACUCAAACUUGAAUUAACCUCCCAGCAAAGCUGUGACUCGUCAUUUCUUUAAAUGGGUGAAGGUCGAAUUCAGUGUAUGUGACAGUUGUCUUUUACAAGCAAUAUUGACAGUAGUGUGUGAGGUUGGUAUUGAUCUUGAAAGCAUGUCCUCUGAGGUGUUUCCUGCCUGCUGGUAACAGCACGCAAGAGAUGUGUAGGCAUGAGCAAGCUGUGGGCUGACUUUGAUUAGGUAGCAGUCAGAAGCACUUCGUGGAGAAGCAGUGAUUGCAUACUGCUAGUGUUUGUGUCUCUGCACGAACGUGAGGUGGAAGGGUUUAGUUUAGGAAACUUGUGAUCUUUUUGAGUGGCCUUCUAGUUUGUGUUUGUCUUAUUGAUCAAAGCCAGCCUGAUCUACUGGAAUAGUCACUGAAAUAAUAGGUCAAAUCAUUUUCAUAUAUUUGUGAUGAGUGAUGUGGUUCGAUGCAUUUAAUCCAGCAGUCAAUAUAAUGUUUGAAAAGUAAUGAUAGCUGGUAUUUAUGGUGGGUUUACAUUUCCUGAUUUAGGAGGUGCUGUGAUGCAGUACUGUCCUGUGCGGUUUUGGUGGAAUAUAGGGAACAGAGCAUUGGUAGUGUGGUAGCCAUUAGUGACCUUUUGGUGCUGAUAGGAAAGAAGUACUUUUUUUUUUUUUUUUUAUCAGCGUAAAAUGUUGGAAUAUCUUUGGUUACUGGAAAUUUGUGUGCAGUUUUGUAUAUGGGUUGAGGUGGGCAAGUAACCAUAAACUGUUUGAAUAUUUUCUCAGAGGUGUGUCCCAGGUUAGGGAUCUGUUGAGCUGCUGCAGCUGAUUCAUAACGUUUGUGUCACGUGUUUUUUUUUUUUCCUGUUGAAGAGCUCCUAGGAUUAGCAGCAUGCAACACUCCCAUCGCACGAAAAGAGGAGACUGAGGGGAACGGUUGACAUUGCAAAUGUCUUUUACUUUGUGUUUAACAAACGAUUCUUGACACACCUAAACACUUGUGCACACAUGCACAUGCGUACAACCACUGUGCAUUUCAGGAAAAGGUCAGUCCAGUUUCGUGUACCUCCAGUGCAAACUACUAUUGGAAUGUUCAGUCUGCACUUUUCAAAGGACAAAAUAUCAGCAGUGCUCAACUGUGUUUUAAAUGGAUGGUAACUGCGUUCUGCGUGAUGUCGGAGUUCAUUCAGCGUUCUGGUGGGGAAACUAGUGCUCUUUCCCCUGGUGGUAUUGGCAGAUACAAGAUGGAACACCACCCAUCCAAACCAGCCUGGCUAAAGCAUCACCUUCAGCCAUUCCAAACAAAUGUGCUUGUGUAAUUCAGUGGACUUACCUCCCUUUGGAGUUUGCCAAACUGGCAAAAGCCAGAUGUUGUUUUUAAAUGGUUUUGUGAGAUGUUUUUUAAACAGUGAAAAUGGCAUUGACUAUGAAAUUAUGUAUAAAUCACUGUACUAAGUGGUGUGUGGCCAAAACUGAGUUUGGAAUGAUGUAGAAGGUCUGCAGUGGUUUUUAUGGCAGAAGCCAUCUUUUUCUGAGCAGAAGAACCAGGGGUGUUAAAGAUCAUUCUCCUUUGUUUAUUUUGAAGAGUCUGUUUUCAUACAGCCUAUUUUUGACCCAUUUGGGCAAUUUCAUGAUCAUAUGCAACCUUUUUGGGCUGUGAAAGCACAUUGUGUGUGCUGAUCUGUGGCUACCCCCUCCCCCCACCCUCCUCUAUUUCAAAGAUUUUGGAGAAUGACUCAUCCCACCCCUUUGCAUCCCAUCUACACAGCAUCUCUACCUUGUGAAGCAAUUUGUAAUUUUUCAUGUAAAACACAUGUAUGUCAAUUUCUUAAGUACACCAAAUGUUAAGUGAGCCAAUCUGUGCCAAUGGCAGGAAACUGGAUAACGAAUCUACUGGUCUGAUCUGAUAUUUGUAUUGACAUUAAUGCCAAUGUACUUGUCUCACUUCAAGAUUAGGGCUAUUAUGUCUGUUCUGUCCUCUUGUAAUAUCUUCAUCUAGUCUGCAGUUUACACUUUCAUCUCGGCUUUGUUGAUAUUGCAUAUCUUUUUCUGAUUUUUUUUUGUGUAAAGUUUGAAUUAAUAUAAAGAUUAUUUUUUUUUCAAAAUAUUAAACUUAUUCUGAAUAAACA